AUAAAGAGAAAAAUUUAUAAAUAAAUAUGAUUUUAGUUCUAUUUAGAAAGUGCUACCCUUGCCUUGCGUAAAUUGUGUGUUUCGUUUAGUAAUUUGUUAAAGUGUUAAGAAUUCAGAACUUAUACGUUAGAAGUGUUGGAAGUCCAAUUUGUUCUCAAGUAAAAUGCCUUUUAAUACAGCGUGGAUUAAAGGUUACCGAGAUUUUACAUGGGAUGGAGACAAACUUUUCUGUACAGUUUGUUCAAAAAUUAUUCAUGCUGAUAAAAAAUUCAUUGUGGAUCAGCAUGCCAAAUGCUCAAAGCAUAUUCUUAAUAUGCAGAAAUCGGAGGGAGGUACAUCACAGCAAACUCUAAAAACUUGCCUUAAACAAAGUGCAAAACACACCGUUCAACAAAAGCAGUUCAAUGAGGAGUUGUGCAAAGCAAUGAUUACCAGCAAUAUACCGUUGGCAAAAUUAAACAAUCCCAACCUAAGGCAAUUUCUAGGCAAGUUCUGUAAUAUAAAUAUCCCCGAUGAAUCGACCAUACGCAAAGGAAGUGUCGAUUCGAUUUUUAAAAAAACUUUAACUAAUAUAAAAAAAGUUGUUAGUUCAAAUUAUUUUUAUAUUAUAGUAGAUGAAACCACAGAUUCGUGCGGUAGAUACAUUGCACAUGCGUUAAUUGGCGUGUUAGAGGAAGCGACCCCUGGCAGAUCUUAUCUUUUUGCGUCAAAAAAACUUGAAAAAGCGAAUAAUUUAACAAUUACCAGAUUUGUUCAAGACUCUUUAACCAAUUUCUUCUUACCUGAUGCAAUCACAGGGGAAACAUUUAUCUUAUUUUUAUCUGAUGCUGCACCUUACAUGGUGAAAGCAGGACAAAAUUUAAAAAAAUUUUAUUCUGACAUGUUACAUGUAACCUGUUUAGCUCAUGAAAUUAAUAGAGUAGCAGAAUGUAUAAGAGAGGCAUUUCCUUUGGUAAAUGACAUGAUUAACUUUGUAAAAAAACUAUUUUUAAAAGCCCCAAUACGUAUUCAGUUGUACAAAGAAAAAUGCCCAAAUAUUUCCUUACCCCCACAACCAGUUAUAACACGUUGGGGUACAUGGCUUGAUGCAGCUAUGUUUUAUGCCGACAAUUACGAAACAGUUAAAAGUGUAAUAGACGAUCUGACAGACUCCUCUUCCUCCGCUCUUAUGAGUUCAAAAAAACUUUUUAAAAAUCCUCAAAUAAAAAAAGACCUAAUUUUUUUAAAAACCAAUUAUUUUCAAAGUGUUAUUUUCUAA